UCCUGUUUUUAGCAUCUCAAUUAAAGGCUUAUGUGUACAUAUUAGGGUUUAGUGCUCUUAAAGUGUAUUUAGUUGAUUUACAGCUUUGCGGGCAGAUUUAAAGUCCAACUGAUAGGUAUGGGAGGAAUGUCACGCACUUCCACUUCCAAAUACGUCUGAAUCCAAUCUGUCACGCCUACUCUGGGUAGACUCUCAGCACAAUUUGACUUGGUCUUCUCACUUCACUGUCACUUGAGGAUUAGAAGAGAAGAGAACAAGCGUAAAGAUCAGACUAAAAAAAACAGUGGACCAUUCUGCCAACCCCUUUAAAAGGGUCUUCAGAGGCUUGAUGGAAGUUCCAUACAAUGAGGAGCCUGCCAGUCUCGGUUUUGACACUGCUGCUGAUUUAUAUCACAUCAGCUGAAGGUGCGCUCAAUGCUCCAUUCAACCUGAGCGUGGUCUUGUUGGACUUCCGGGCCUCUAUCUACUGGCUUCCUGGACCAUGGAACCCCAUAGGAACCAGAUACUCUGUUGAGUUCAUAGAAGUGCAGAAUUUCUCAAAAACAGUGUGGAAAAAGCCUGCAGGAUGCUCUAAUAUCACCGAGAGGCAGUGCCACCUCUUUCCUGACCAGUUCUUCGAAAACUACUUUGUGAGGGUCAUGGCAGAAUGGAAAGACGAGAGAUCAAAUUGGACAAUCCUGGAGCACACAUUCCAACCCUAUAAAGACACUCAGCUGAGUUCACCAGAAAUGAAGAUCUCCCCUACGCAUCAUUCAAUCCACAUUCAUCUCAGCCACAAAAUCCAAGCCGUUUACCAAGAUGUGCCUUUGAGAUUUAAUGUCGACCUCUUUAGAAUGACUUCCUCUAAAACAGUCGAGCAUAUAGGAAAGAGCAAAAAUACAGGAGUCUUCAACUUUUCCAACCUGCCAUCUGGCUACAGCUACUGCAUCAACGCUUCUGCCUUCCACACAGAGAUGUCCAUUAUCCAGAAUCUUAAUGCUACCGGCUGCAUUUUCCUGCAACAAGGCCCCAGAGGAGUCAUCGUAGGUGUGGGUGUUCUCUUACUUCUGGUCAUUUCUGCUGGGAUUAUUUUAUCUGCCAAAGGCCUCCUGAGGACCCUAAUCAAGGACGGCUACUUUCCAAAAGUUCUGCUUAUCAAAGGAGGAACCGCUGCACCCCAAACACUGAACGUAGAGACACCCUGUGUGCAUCCACUGUCAGUCUCAGAUUACCCACAAGUGAUGGAGUCAACACAUGAUGACCUGGAUAAGAAUGCAUCGAAAAAUUACAUGCAGAGAGGAGAUUAUCGAGGAAUCGACGAUGAGCUAGAUAACGCUUAUGGUCCCCUAGAAGGGUACUCAGGAAUCGACGAUGAGCUAGAGGGCGCUUAUGGUCCCGUAGAGGGGCACCCGAAUUUGUAUAGUUCAGCUGCAUUAAUGGAAGAGUCAGAAGAGCCUUUGGCACAAGAGGAACAUCCCAAUUUUGGCUUUUUUGCACAAGGAAGCCCCCAUGUCUCAACUGAAACUUUAUAUUGGCUUGAAGACUAUGAUGACGAAGACAAUGAUUACUCAGUUAUUUACUAUGUAGAGUCAAUGGAAUCUUCUGAAGAAGACACAGAUACUGAGCAAGCUGAUGAGGACACUUUAGAAAGCAGUUAUGAACCCAGGGCUCACCUAUGGUCAGAAGGUUCUUGAAUAACAAAAUUAAAAAACAAAAAAAAAAGGUGCUUUAAAUGUUGUAAAUCAGUGACAACAUAACAAAAAAAACAUGUUUAUCAGAAGUGUGUGAACGAGAAACUUUUAUAUUGGGAACAAACAUUUGGCAGUGAAACACAUGUAUAAAAUGUUGGGUGCUAUAAAGUGUCACAAUUAUUGAAUCAACUACUACCUCACUUUGAAAUCAGUGUAUCAUGUCAUAAGAUGAUUAAAGUACAUUUACUUUUACAUUUAA